UCUACAUUUAGGAAGCUCGCGCGGGAUUAUCAAGAAUCCUGAAUCACUCCUAAAUUUCUAAAGUGAUGCUUCAGGAUAAUUAACCUCUGCAGAUUUGGGGGAAGAGAAAGGAAGAAAAAUGUCUGUUUCCUGUCAUUUAAAGGAAUUUUCAUGGAGCAAAUCAGAAGGAUCUUUGUUUGACUUGGAUGAUGGAAGCCUUACAAGAAAUGAUUGGAUAGACAAUAAGGAAAAUGAAUUGCAUCUUAAAUCACACUGGACUGGAGAAUUUAAGCAAGAUGCCCCUGGUGGAUUUAAGACAAAUCCAUUUUGGAAGGAACUGUCAGCAUCUAAUCCAUUUUUAGAUGACAUAGCUGAAUCAUGCAACAAAGAAAAAAACAAUAGACGGGUAUCUAUCUUGAAAGAAGAUCCAGAUUUAUUUUUUAAAGAUUCAAAUGGUAGGGAUUCUGCUGCUUCAUCAGGAGAUGAAUUAAAUAUCGAAUAUCUCUUUUGUCGCAAAUCUUCUAAAAGAUCUGCAAAGUCUAGGAGUGUUUCAGAUCUUUUGGAUAUUAUAGAUGUAAGGUGUGAAUUUUCUAAUACAGAACCACCUAAUUAUAUCCUACCUCCAGAAAGUGAAGCAUUUCAGAAUCAACGUGAGGCCUAUAAGACAGCUUGGUUGAAUCAACGACAACUGGCCCGAUCUUGCCUGGAUUUGAAUGUGAUAAAUCAGGGUCCUGGAUGGGCACAGACCCAAUCUAUAGAAACCCAUAUAGUCUGCAAAGUGAAUUAUGAAGGUGGUUCAGUGCAGCUUCCUGACUCAGAUAUUGCUGUUCAUUUCCCUGAAAGUCAUGUGGCACUUGGAGAAUUCCAAGAAGUUGGCCUGCAGGCAAUCCUUGAUUCUCCACCAUCACUAAAUGAUGAAUUUUCAACCACCUUGACCCCUUUGAUUGAACUUACCUUGAGCAACCUUAAUACUACUGAAGCUAUUUUACUAGAGAUGAAAAUUGCAGCUGAAAUAAAAAAGGAUCCUUUUAGUCAGGUAAUGACUGAAAUUGUUUGUCUGUGUAGUUGCAAUAAGGAAGGGCCAUUUGAAAAAAUACACAAUUGUUACAUUUAUAAAGAUACUGUACAAGUGAAACUAACAGACCUUAGUCACUUGAUGUAUAUCGUUGUCGUAGCUCAAACAAACACAGUUAAUUCUCAUGUAAGUGUUUGGGAAUAUAUACACAGAAAACUUUCAGUUGGGAUUUAUGGACCAAAACAUAUCCAUCCCUCUUUCACUGUUGUGUUUGCUUUGUUUGAUCACAACUAUGUUCCUGAGAAACUAACAGUAUGUGACAUUAAAAGGGGAGGAAAGAGUUUGCCCCCAGUUAUUUUCCAGCUAUGGGGGAAGCACACAUUUGUACUGGAGAAACCACAAGACCUCAGCAUUUCUGUUGUCUCCUGUGACCCAGAUUUUGAAGUGAAGAAAGAAGAACAAAGGAAAGAAAUUAAAGAAGAAAAAUUGAAAGGAGGUGGUGGAGUAAUUCACCGACAUUUUCCAUUUUCUAUAAUCUGCAGUAGGAAAAUACAUAUUUUUGUCUUCCGUGUUCAAAUCAAAGCCCCAGAAAAUAACCUGGCAUGCCAGUUUUACAUUACAACACCUGAACCACCUCCUAAGUUAUUAAUGGGCGUAACUAACAAGCCAAACCGAAUUGAAAAACGCAAGGAAAUAAAAUCUGCGCCAUUAUUAUUAUUGCCCACCAUAAAAUAUCCUACCUUUCAAGACAAAGUUUUAAAUAUUACCCGCUAUGGUACAGCACUCAAAACAGUGUUACGCCAAAGUAAAAUUGAUUAUUUACUAGAAUAUUUUAAAGGCGAUACAAUAGGAAUACUUGGAGAAGAUAAGGUCAAAGCCAUUGGACAAACAAAAAUUAAAGAAUGGUAUGUAGGAGUUCUCAGAAGAAAAAUUGGCCUUGUACACUGCAAAAAUAUCAAAGUGAUAACUGAAAACCAAACUAUUGAUGUUGAGGAUAGUGAAAUCAUGACCAGUAGCCUCCUUGAACAGAUUGCAUUGCCUUUUAAAAAAUUGACUUACAUCUAUUCAACAAUCUUAUCCACAGUAUCAGAGAACCUAAAUGAUUGGAAAGCUUUGGCUGAUGCUCUUCAAUUUUCAGAUUUGUCCCGGUAUGAUUUAACUGCAUUACAAGUUGAAAAAGAGUCUGAAAAAGUAGCGUAUAUUAUGAAGAAACUGAAAGAAAUUUGCCAUACUCAGAAAAGCACAAGACGAUUCCUAUAUGAACUCUCUGUGGCACUUUUAAAGCUAGACUGUCAAGGAUUAGUAGCCCGUAUUACCCAGGAUACAGUUAUUUUUACUGCGGCAGUAAAACUUGGGAAGAACUGGAGAGAGUUGGCAGAAAAAUUAGCACGACUUACAAAACAACAAAUUGAUGCUUAUGAAACUCCCCAUCAUGGCAAAAAUGGAGAAGUUGCUCCAGAGAUGAUGUGGAAACCAGCUUAUGAUUUUCUCUAUACCUGGAGUGCUCACCAUGGAGACAGUUACAGAGAUAUGUUGCAAGAUCUGCAUUUAGCUUUGGACAAAAUGAAAAACCCUGUGACCAAACAAUGGCGAGAAAUAACUGGAGCUCUAAUCCUAGUCAAUUGCAUGGAGGUUCUUCGGGCCAGUGCUUUCUCCAUGUUGGAUCAAGAAUAAAAUUAAUUUUCAAAUUUAGAAAGAUAUUCUAUAACCAGUCUUCUUGGAAUAUCAAACAGGAAUAUUAAACAGAAACAUUUUCACCAAGGAACAUUUGGAAUCUUUGUGAAAAUUAAUUCCUAUAAUGUAUUCCUUUAGCGUGAAAAAAAUUGAGUCAUUGAUUUUCAAGCACCACCAAUUUUACCUCAUUUUUAUUUAAAACUAUUUAGUUAGUAAACGUUUAUCAAAAGAACACGAUUGCUGCAUGAUUUGAACAGAAUUCUGAAAGAGUGCAGAAUACUGUAUUUAGGGGAGGAAAUGCAAUACUGAUGUUAAGAAGCAAGUUACGUUGCUAGAGAAAAAAUAUUUUUUCCUAGAAAUUGAAUCAUAGAGCUCUAUUGCCAAUUCUAUCAAUAAUGCAUAUAUUUGUGUAGAUAUGUUGCUCUAUGAUAGACUUUCCAGAUAUGGUUAUAGUUCUAUAUAAAUAUAGUUAAGACUGCAGUUCCCAGGAUUCCCAGUCCCCAUAAUCAAUUGCAUAGAAAAGUGUUUCUCAGCCUUGGCAAAUUUAAGUUGUGUGGAUUUGAACUUUCAGCCAUGCUAGCUGGGGAAUUCUGAGAGUUCAAGUCUACACAUCUUAAAAGUUGUCAAGUUUAAGAAACUCGGAUAUAGAAUCAGUGAGCUUGGACACAAAUUUGGGAAGGCUGCUUUAUGAUAAUCACACUACUUCAUUGUAUCUAUACAAAUCACACUACUUCAUUGAAUAUAUUCCCUUGGACAUAGUAUGAACUUGGCUAUUGAUUUCCAAUAGAAAUUAGGCACUGAGCCAUGUAUCUCUAUAAACUGACACAUGAUUUUCUUAAUGGGAGCUAAGCAUGAGAUACUCUAAAGACUAUAUAAAUUCAAGGAAGCCUUUGCUAAUUCAAUUACUUGCUAUCUGACUGGAGAACAGGGAACUCCUUCUGUAAUCGUGUACAGGUUUGUCUUGAUUUAGAGCAUUUAAUAAUACUUGUCUUUCCUUUCAACCUGCAUGUGGGCUUUUUUGGGAGUGGCAGUUUAUUCCUAGCAAAUUGGAAACGUAUCAUCAUAUCUGUGUGGUUGUCCUAUCUGCUUUUUAGCUCUACAACAUUAUCAGUAUUGUGUAACAAGUAGUUUUCUUUUUCUUGUUCGUGGGUAGGAUGAUUCUUCUAAUGAAAGCUGCUUAUUCUCAGAGGAAUCAUGACAUAAAUGCUUGCUUUUUAAAUUUGAAACCUGGGAAUUCCAAAAUUCAUAUUAUAUACUAUUUUUUCAUAGUUCUCAUUAAUUAAUGAAAAUAUAUUGUGACAAAAAAGUUUAAAUUAAUUCCUAUGUUUUCAAACUAACUAUUGUUUCAUAAAGGCUUUUAAUAUGCUACGAUUUACUCUUGUGUUCAGUAUUUUUUAUUUAUGCUUGAAUCUUAAAUUCAAGUGAAAUAAAAAAGAUGGAUGCCCAUUAAUUUAUCAACGGUUGUUACAUUAGUUACUAUUUUUUCUUUCAUGUUUAAAAAUUACAUAGUAGUUAGAGACUGAAUUUGCCUGCCAUUUCAACUAAUACUGUUAUGUUUGUCAAACUGUGGCUACUAUUGACAAUGUUAAGACCAAAUGCUUUUUAAGAAAAAGGUUUCUUUUGGAAUUCAUAGGGCUCUUCAUUAUUUGCCUCUUAGCUUUUUUUUUUUAUGGGAACUAUUCUAAAAUAAAUGGAAAACUAAUCUGAAAUUUCAAUGUAUAAAUGACAAUUUUACCUCACUUAACAUUUUAUUAAAAAGAAUACUGCCAUUAAUGUGCUAAUUAUGCUGUAGUACUUCUAGUCAUUUUUAAUAUUACAAAAAGGGGGGCUUGAAUUCAGCUUGGUGAAUUAUUGUACGUAUCCAUGAAUGGAUUCAACACUGGAAAUGAUUUUCUACUACAUUUCUUACUAAAUAGGGCUUGACCCUAUUUAGUUUCUUAACUUGAUAAGGUCAACCAGAUUCUGUUAUCUGCUACAGUAUCUACCUAUAUGCUAGUUUAUAGCAGCCCAAGAUUGAACCCUGUGUUUAUCUUUUUGUUGAUUCAGUUGACAUAGCAUAGUUAAUAAUAGUUAAGUUAAAAAUCUCUUUGUUGUAUUUACAUAAUUAAACUUGGUUAGAGUUUGGGAGUGAGUUGGUGCCUUUUUUUUUUAUUAUUUGAUUUAUAUGCUGCCCUUCUCCGGAGACUCAGGGCGGCUUACAGUGCGUUAAGCAAUAGCCUUCAUACUUUUGUAUAUUUUAUACAAAGUCAGCUUAUUGCCCCCAUAACCUGGGUCCUCAUUUUACCUACCUUAGAAAGGAUGAAAGGCUGAGUCAACCUUGAGCCUAGUGAGAUUUGAACUUGCAGCAAUUGCAGGCAGCAAUGUAAGUGGAUGUUAAUAACAGUGCUUUAGUUUGCUGAGCCACCAGAGCUCAUUAAGAGCACCAGAGUCUUUAAGUCAGUGCUGACUCCUAGCGAUUCCUUGGACCAGUCCAUACAGUUUUCUAGACAAAAUGUUGGAAGUGGUUUACCAUUGCUUAUUUUGGUUUUUAACUUUAGUUAUUUUUUUUAUUGCACAAACUCGGUGUUUAUUUAAAAAUGCAGUGUAUUAUGAGUAUCCAGAAAACGAAUUGAUUUGAAAUUAAGGUAAGAAUGUUGUAUGAAUCCAAUCAUUGAAAAAUAGAAGGGAAAAUUUGAAAGAUGGUGGAAUAAAAUGGAACAAUAGGAUUUUUUCCUUGCUAUCUGCAUUUCAUGUUUUCCAAACAUAAUUGCUUACUAUAGUCCCAAGUAACAAAGCACUUUGAGACUUAACAUGGUUUGAAUCUGUUGGAAAUAUCAAGCUACAAUUCUAAAUGGAUUUUUUUUUAAUGAAACUUAUUUUGUAUUUCUGGAUUUUUGAAAACUAAUUUGUAUGACUUUGUAAUAUAUUUACAGAACAUACUUUUAAGUCAGAGGCUGAAAUUCUUAAAGCAAUAUGGAAUUAUUUCUAAUCUUGUUGUGCAAGCAUAUGGGUAAUUUAAGCAUUACUAGGUAUUGUUAUGUUGAUACAUGCACAAAGAAUAGCAGUAACACUCAUUGUAAAGUUAAUAUAUGUACAAAGGGGGACAAUCAUAAUUUGCUUAGCAUUUUACAUAUUUCAAAUAGUUUCACUAUAGUGUACAUAUUCUAUAUAAAAGAAUUGGAUGAUGGUUAAAGAUCUUGUUGAGAAACACCUAAUUUGGUGAUGAAAUAUUAUUGAAAAUAAAUAGCCAAAGCAUUAUACUUAUCUAGAUUAAUUAAAGAGAUUCUUCCAUUUGUUAAUGUAUUACAACUGCUAAUAUGAGCAGCACAUGAUUGUGUUAAUUGCUACUAUGAGGAAUUCCAACUAUAAUAUUUCAAAUUCUGAAUGAGAUGAAGAUUGCACUGAAGUGUAAGAAAAGUGAACAAUCCUUUCUGAAAGUAUAUCUUAUUAAAUAAAGAUACAGUGUUUGAAAUGUA